AUUAUACUUGGUUGCUUUUUUGUUGCUGUUGUGAAUCAUUUAAAAAACAUUCAAUAAUGCAACUUCUUCAUCGGUUUAAUACUUUCAUAUAUUCUUGAUAUUCAAAUAUAAUUCUUGCAGGUUGGGCCACAAUGUUAUCUGCUUUUGAAUCCACAAUAAGUCGUCUCUUCUCUUUCUUUGAAGUAUAUAUUGAACUGACUGAUGUUGGUCAUGAUCAUUUUGAGGAAAUUGUAGGACUGCUUUUCAAUUAUAUUCACCUCGUUCAAGAAACUGGUGCCUGCAAAUGGAUAUUUGAGGAGAUCUCAACUACUUGUGAAACUGAUUUCCAUUAUCAAGACAAGGUUUCGCCCAUUCGUUAUGUUGUUUCUAUCGCAUCAAGUAUGCAGGAUUACCCUGCAAGUGAUUGGUUGGUGGGAUCAUCUGUAGUUUCAAAAUUCAGCCCAAAAAUUAUUGAAACAGUACUCAAUGAACUUACUCCACAUAAUGUUAGAAUCUUUUGGCAAUCUCCAAAAUUUGAGGGACAUACAAACUCUACAGAGCCUUGGUAUGGGACUGCAUAUUCUUCCGAGAAAUUAACUGGCUCUACUAUUAAGCAAUGGAUGAAAAAUGCUCCUCAUGAUGAUUUGCAUCUUCCUGCUCCCAACUUGUUCAUUCCUACUAAUCUUUGUCUUAAGAGCAUCCCAGAAAAGAUCAGUGCUCCAUUUUUAUUGAGAAAAUCCGUGUAUUCAAGAUUGUGGUACAAGCCAGAUACAUCAUUCUCUACACCAAAAGCAUGUAUUGUAUUAGACUUCAGAUGUCCCAACUGUGGAAUAUCUCCUGAAUCAACUGUUCUUACUAACAUUUUCCUACGACUAGUGAUGGAUGACUUAAAUGAAUACGCCUAUGAUGCUCAUAUCGCCGGUCUUGCUUAUUCUAUAAGUAGCAGCUUUUCCGGUUUCCAGGUAUCUGUUGGUGGAUACAAUCAAAAAAUGACAAUCUUGCUGGAAAAAGUAAUUGACAAACUUCUAAACCUUGAAGUCAAACAUGACAGAUUCUCUGUUAUAAAAGAAUUGGUGACCCUAGAAUACAAAAACAUCAAGUGCGAACAGCCAUAUGAGCAAGCAAUGUACUACUGCUCGUUGACACUUGAAGAGAAAACAUGGUCUUGGAAUCAUGAACUGGAAGUACUUCCUUCUCUUGAUGUUGAUAGUCUUGCCAGAUUUUACCCUUUGCUGCUCUCAAGAACUUUUCUGGAAUGCUACGCAACAGGAAACAUGGAGUCAAAGGAAGCAGAAUCAAUGAUCCAACGUAUUGAAGAUUUACUUUACAAGGGCCCACAUCCUAUCUCUCGGGCUUUAUUCGCGUCUGAGCAUUUAACAAGCCGAGUCAUUGAGUUGGGACAAGGCACACCAUAUUUGUAUGCUACAGAAGGACUAAAUCCAAGUGAUGAGAAUUCUGCAUUCUUACAUUAUAUUCAGAUUGGUCUUGAUGAGUUUGAGCUGAAUGUGAAACUCCAGCUUUUUGUAAUGAUAGCACAACAACCGGCCUUUGACCAAUUGAGAUCUGUUGAACAGCUUGGUUACAUUACUUCACUUUCUCGGAGGUUUGAUUUUGGAGUUCGCGGAUUGCAAUUUAUUGUUCAAUCAUCGGCUAAGGACCCGGGAUAUGUUGAGUCCCGAGUUAGGGCGUUUGUCAUCAUGCUCAAGAGUAAGCUGUUAUACAUGUCUGAAGAUGAAUUUAAGAAAAAAGUCAAUGCACUUAUUGAUGUGAAGCUUGAGAAGUUCAAGAAUUUAUGGGAGGAGACUAAUUUUUACUGGUGGGAAAUAUCUGGUGGCACUUAUAAAUUCAAUAGAAUACCAAUGGAGGUUGAAGCACUGAAACAAGUGACCAAAACGGACUUGAUCGGUUUCUUUGACGAGUACGUAAGUGUCGAUUCCCCUAAGAGGAAGGCGUUGAGCGUGCGAGUGUAUGGAAGCUCUCAUUCCUCAGAGUACAAAGCCGAGAAAACCGAGCCAGCGGGGCCCGACUUUGUCCGAAUCGAGGAUGUUUUCAGCUUCAGGAGAUCUCGCCCUGUCCAUCCUUCGUUUCAUGGAUACCAUGGGGACAUGAAAUUCUAAGUAUUUAUCUCUAGUUUCAGCCAGUAAUGCUUUGGAGAUUUCCACUUGAUAUAUACUUUAUAUGCAUCUAUUAAGGAGCACAAUAACUGGUCCAUUCACUAUUCCACUUUACAGCCAUGUAUGAAAUUAAACAAUUUAAAAGUUU